AUGGAUACAAAGCUGUCUUUAUCGACUGCGACGUUGCUCUCCAUCGCCGAAGACCGGAUCAAAGUCAUCUACGCUGACGACGACCAGAGUUCCAUGGCUAAGUUGGGAAUUGUUCUCCGUGUCUCUCGUCAAGAUAGUCACCGUAUACAACAACAUAGUGGGGAGCAUCUCAGCGUCAUCCGAGCCUCAAGAGCGUCUGGAGUUUGGUUUUCUACUCCCAUGAUCGACUCUCUAGGAGCCAAAUGGAAAGCUCUGAAGCGCAAUUACGAAGAUGCCGAAGCGGAUCUGGUAGAUUUCUUGACGACGGAAUUUCGAUCACGUUUUCAGUGUUUUCUGCACGAAUUGGAGCGUCGUGUGGCGGAGCUGGGACGUCCUCGUGAGCUUCGCACUGGUCUCACACAAACGCAACUGAAGGACUGGCGUUGGCUGUAG